CUCACGUGCAACCUUCUAUAUACCUCUUUCCUUUUACAUUACCCUUUUCACAAUUUUACAUUUUCUUUCAAUCUUCUUCUCAUUCAUCCUCUUCUCUGCAUUACAAAAACCAAAGCCUAAGAUCUCCUCAAUAAGGCUUAAAAGAAGAAGAAAAAAAAAAAUGAGUCUUGAUGCUCUUUCUUCCAAUGACUUGUUCAACUUCAUCAUCUACGACACGAUCUCCGCAACGCCGAACAACUUCGUCCCUCACGGCCAUGAGUCGUCGGAGAACACUUUCCUAUCCGACGACAAGUGCUCGAAACCAAAUUCGCGAAAACGCUGCCCCAGUGAGGUAGAGAUUAGCAACCGAGUGGUGGUGCCAUUGUCGACGACGACGACGACGACGACCACGCAACACGGGAAGAAGAAAAGAAAGAGAAAAGCAAAGGUUUGUAAGAACAAAGAGGAAGCUGAAACACAAAGAAUGACACACAUUGCUGUUGAAAGGAACCGCCGUAAACAAAUGAAUGAACAUCUUUCGGUUUUACGUUCACUCAUGCCCGAAUCCUAUGUUCAAAGGGGUGACCAAGCCUCCAUAGUGGGUGGUGCCGUUGAGUUUGUGAAGGAAUUGGAGCAUCUUCUGUCAACUUUAGAAGCCAAGAAGCUACAAAUCUUACAACAAGAAGUAGAUCAACAUCAAGAACAAGAAAUGAAUAGUGAUAAUAAUAGUGAUAAUAACAAUAAGUUGUUUUCAUUUGCAAGUUUAUUGAUGAAUAAUUCCGAUCAAAAUAACUAUUCAUCCCAAUAUUCAACAAAAUACACAUCAAAAUCCAAAGCCUCUUCAGCUGAUAUUGAAGUCACUUUGAUUGAAACUCAUGCAAAUCUUAGAAUCCUCUCAACAAGAAGCCAUAGACAACUCUUGAAGCUCAUUGCUGGUUUGCAAGCACUUCGUCUCACUAUUCUUCAUCUAAAUCUCACUGAUUUUCAUCCAUUGGUUCUUUACUCCAUUAGCCUCAAGGUUGAAGAAGGAUGCCAACUUAGAUCAGUAGAUGACAUAGCAGCAGCAGCACAUCAUAUGGUAAGAAUAAUUGAGGAAGAAGCCGUUUUAUGUUAAAAUGUAAGCAAUUCAAGAAAGAAAAAGAAAAAAAGCUAAGAGGUUUGAAAUAUGGAAUCAAGCAUUAAAAUGCCAAGUUCUCUUCUCUCUGAGUGUGUGCAUGUGGCUUGGUUUGAUGCAAUUUGUAAAUGAAUGUGUUUUUAUGUAAGUUGAUAUUGUUUUGUAGCUAUCAAAGGUUUUGUCUUUGUAUGCCUUUA